CCUCUCCGGCUCAUUGUUUGGGUCUCAGUGUGGCUCUGCUCUGCCGGCAGAGAGAGCGACGGGUUGGUGGAAAAUGGCGGACGGUGUGGAUCACAUCGAUAUCUACGCCGACGUAGAGGAGGAAUUCAACCAGGAAGCCGACUACCCGGUCCACGACCAGAUCGACCUGUAUGAUGAUGUAAUAUCUCCAUCAGCCAACAAUGGAGAUGCUCCGGAGGACCGCGACUAUCUGGACACACUGCCUACACAGGGUGGCUCAGAGGGAGGGAAGAGUUCCCAACCCAACGUGGUGUACACCUACACAGGCAAAAGGAUUGCCCUGUACAUAGGAAACCUAACAUGGGUGGGUAGAAGCAGCUCCAUCAACUUCCUGGAAGAUGACUCUGAGCCCACACACACCAGUGCAAACCUACAUGGUGGGAUGCAAGGUCCACCACGUCCCCCUCCUGGUCCACUCGGACCCCCUGGUCCUCCAGGACCUCCACCCCCUGGCCAGGGUCUCCCCCCUCUCCACCCUGGUCCUCCAAAUCGUGGUGACAGGCUUCCUCCCCCUGUUCUCUUUCCUGGUCAGUUUGGCCAGCCUCCCAUGGGCCCCCUGCCCCCAGGCCCCCCACCUCCAGGUUACGGUCCUCCUCCUGGUCCCCCACCACCUCAACAGGGCCCCCCUCCCCCGGGACCCUUCCCUCUGCGCCCCCCAGGCCCCCUUGGGCCCCCCAUGUCUUUGGCUCCACCUCCACACAUGCCAGGUCCUCCACCAGGUGGACCACCACCAGCACCCCAUGUCAACCCUGCCUUCUUCCCCCCACCUGGCAACAACAACAACAUGCCCCCCAAUGACAACCGAGGCCCCCCCGGACCAAACGACCCAUACGGACGCCCGCCACCAUAUGACAGAGGGGACUACGGUCCUGGAGGCCGGGAAAUGGAGGCGUCCCGGACCCCACUGAGCGAGGCAGAGUUUGAGGAGAUCAUGAACAGGAACAGAGCCAUCUCCUCCAGCGCAAUUUCUCGAGCAGUGUCUGACGCCAGUGCAGCUGACUAUGGCAGUGCCAUAGAGACCUUGGUGACAGCCAUCAGUCUGAUUAAACAGUCCAAAGUGUCGGCGGACGACCGCUGUAAGGUCCUGAUCAGUUCCCUGCAGGACUGUCUCCACGGCAUUGAGUCAAAAAGCUACGGUUCUGCCUCUAGGCGAGAACGUUCCAGGGAACGGGACCAUAGCCGCUCCAGAGAAAAGAGCCGGCGUCACAAGUCUCGCAGCCGUGAUAGGCAUGAAGACUAUUACAGAGAACGCAGCCGGGAGCGCGACCGCCAUCGUGAGCGGGACAGGGACCGAGACCGCGAGAGAGAGCGCGAAAGGGAGUACCGACACCGCUAGACGAUAAGAAAGCUAACGAGGAUCAAGGAUGGAUGGAAGGAAAAGGAGGAAGGAUUUCAUUGCGCCACCACCUCCCCGCCCUGCAUGACCGGACAGGAUCAAAGCACCACCUCCUCCUCCAUCUCUCCUGUCCACCAUACUUCUCUCUUGUCUGUUCAUUUUGUCUGCCUGAAUAAGAGCAGUGGAUGGAAGACCCUGACCUGUGUAAGGCUAUGUUAUCCAAACAUCUAUACUCAUGUUAACUAAAGAUGAAAGAAAAGAAACUUUCCAGACAGUUCUUUUAUUUUUAUGAUGUUUUAUUUGACAAGAAUAUGACUGUGUGAUGCUUUUUUUUGUUGCAAAGAAACGAUAAAAUGGCCCACCGAUCCCUUACUAGAAGACACAAACAUCACAUCCUGUUUGCUUUUUAUUUUCCCUUGGCUCGCUGUACUGUGUACAUUCAGUUUAGAGAUCAGUUUUUAUAGGGUACAUAUUUGAUGUGUUCUCCCCACCCCCUCCUCUCAUUCUCAUUUAUUCUUUUUGUUGUUAGAAUGUUUGUAAAUGUCUCUCUGCUUUUGAUUAAAAACUAGAUGGUGUUGUAAUAAAAAAUGUUUACUGAUGUACUCGAUGCAGUUGGUGAAUUCCUCUACAUGUUUGGCUCAUUUAUAUUAAAUGUGUAUUUUGGACUGCAAA